AUGGCACCACCGCCAAUCCAGAACCAAAUAAGCGUCUCCUCAUCCACCUCGGAUCCACGGUCCCAGAUGCAACUAUCCACCAAUCACAGGGGGGCACAGCCCAGACAGCAACGUCAACGCUCACCUCCACGGGGUAAUGCGUCUCCACAGAGAGUCCAUCUCUUUAAUGAGGGAGAAGGCGAGGUAAGCAGCAGAAUGUCUCGCCAAGUUUCAUUCCCCCAAUUGAACAAUCCAAUUGGCCGAAGAAUGAAUGCCCCAGUAAGACGCAGUCCUUUCACCAUGGACAUUCUCAACGAGGUAUUACCUCAAGGAGUGAAGAUCUCAGGGUUACCUCAGUUUGAAGGAACCACCGACCCACAAGAACACAUAGAGAAAUUCCACGCCAUGGUAGAUUUGUAUGGCCCAACAGAUGCCGCAAUGAGCAAAAUUUUCCGCACCACUCUCUCCAAGCGGGCCAUGAGUUGGUUCAACUCUCUACAUACAAGAUUGAUCGACACCUUCUCUCGGUUGUCGCAACGCUUCACCAACCAAUUCGCCAUCAACAAACAAUAUGCCAAGACCCCAGCACACCUUUUGUCUGUAGUACAUAGAGACAACGAAACGCUCUGCAACUACAUCAAGCAUUUUGUGGAAGCCGUCCACGAAGUCCCAAGCGUAGGACAAGACAUGCUCUACGGGAUCAUGCAACAAAACUUGAAGUCAGGUAGGUUCAAACAAUCUAUUGCCGGAAGGCCUCCAGGCAACCUAGAGGAGUUUUUGAACCGAGCAGAGAAAUACGUGCAAAUAGAGGAAGCCUCUACCCAUGCUCUUCGCAAGAGGAAUAGGGAAGAGGACCGACAAGAUGUCAGGAGACGGGUCGAUCGACGUCCACCACCCCCACCUCAAGGCCAAUCGUCGUCCUCCUACAAUCGAUUCACUCCGCUAAACACCCGCCUCACUGAAAUCCUCAUGUGA